AGUAGAAGAUAAAGUAAACGGUCAACAUACAUAUUAGUGUUAUACAAAAUUAUUACUCUGAAAAUAAUGCAACUCAAAAAUCACAUUUUUGAAUUUAAAUUGAUUAGAUAGAAAUACUAUUAUUCAAUUAAUUUUCUCUCCAAUCUCCAAUAAUGUUCGUUCACCCUCAAAUGCUCCUUACACUUCUUUCCUUCCUCUUCAUCACAACACUAACAUUUUCCAUUACAACCCCAUAUAAACCACCCGACCACCUCCUCAUCAACUUUGGCCUACCAAAAAAUUCUCCACAACCUAUCGAUAACCACGGUAUAUGGCAGAGCGAUCAAGACUUCAUCCUCACUUCGCUAUCUGCCACCAGUAACUCCACUGCUUUUGCAGUGGAGGCUACAACUCCCAAUAAUAUGGCCCGAAUAUUUCGGGCCACGACAACAUAUUCCAUACCUGUUACCACGUGGGGCCCAAAACUAGUCCGCCUCUACUUUCCACCCCUACCCAUAUCCUACGACAUCAUAGACACCAAAUCAUCUUUUCUUUCGCUCACAAUUAAUGGGUUUAAUAUUUUGCGCAACUUUAGCGCGUACGCUGUUAUGUCCCACGCUAAUGCAUACACCAACACCACCGCGCCGGUAACAGACGGUCUUGUAAGAGAGAUUUACAUCUCUUUAGACGAACGAGACGGGCAAAGGGCUAUAAACCUAACUUUCUCACCAAGUAACCCGGAUGGGUUCGGGUUCAUAAACGGGUUGGAGAUUAUAUCUGUUCCCGAUGGGUUGUACUUUAACCGUUCCGGAUCCAAUAUGGUUCCAUAUCUUACGGGUGGGUUUCAAGAUUAUUUGAAUAACCCGUUUAAUUUUUCGGAUUCAAUAGCUAUGGAAAAUAUUAUCCGGCUGAACGUUGGUGGGUCGAUCGUGGAACCGAGUAAUGAUUCCGGACUUAGCCGGACUUGGUUCGGUAGAGACGAUGACUACAUGAUUAAUGGUCUAAACUACACAAAGAUCUACGACGAUGCCACAAUCAAUUAUACAGUUGCAACACCAUCGUAUACGGCGCCGGAAUUAGUGUACUUGACAAUGAGGUCGAUGGGACCAUAUGAUGGAAAAUUGAAGAAAAACCAAAAUUUGACAUGGUUAUUCGAGGUCGAUGUUGGAUUUAAUUAUCUUGUGAGGCUCCAUUUUUGCGAGUUAGAUUCCAAAAUCAACAACACUGGCCAAAGACUUUUCCACGUUAGUAUCAACAAUUAAAUAGGUGCAUAUGAUAUUGAUGUUUUUGCGCUAACUGGUGGCAUUUUCAUUCCAAUGUAUCGAGAUUUCGUUACGCUCUUUGAAGGUAGUGGUACCAACAAAGCUAGUGUCGAAACCAGAGGUCUUCUUUCAGUGACACUUACUCCCGACCCUACCGCAACGUAAGUUAAUCAUUGUUUUUUAUGGGUAAGAAAUCGAGAAUCCGGCCCCUGCAUGAGGAGGCUAGGAGUCAAGCAUUGAUUUUCCCCUGGGUUAAAAAUUGAACGCCUAUCACAAGAAUGAAUGGAAAGACUUUCUACAAUACAUUUGCAUAUAUUUUAACCAAGUCAAACUCGCCGUGUGUUUUUUUAAUCUUUUUUCCCAAAAACUUACAUUUUAGCCAAUAUGGGUUUAAAAUCGCUAUUUAAGAUAGCAAUUUUACGUGAAGUUUACUUUUCCAACUGUUUUUACCUGAAGCCCAUUUCUCUAUUUUUUUAAAAAUAAAUUUUUUUUUUAGUUUGUUUAUUUUUCUUGCCACAUUUUAUUUUAUGGAAGUGGUCUAACCACAGAAAAUUUUGUCAUAUACAAAUUUUUCCUUACUUUAAAUUUAAUCCAGAUUUAUGCAAUAUAAAUGACUUUACAAUUUCUUAGUCUUUGUAUUAUAUAUGAUUCAUUAUUGCAAUUUCAAAAGAGCAUAUAGAGUAAUUAUUUGUUUGAUGGCAAGAAUAUUUUCCUUCUAAAAAUACUUUAUUUAAUGACUUUUUCAAAUUUGCAUUGAAGUUGAAACUUUUGUCUUGUUUUUCUAGAUAUGACGAUCUCUUGCUCAAUGGAUUGGAGAUUUUCAAGUUGAACUCUUCAAAUGGUUCUCUUGCCGCACCAAAUCCUAAUAUCCCUAUGAAUUUAACAUCUUUACAAGGUAAUAAUCGAUCGUCAAAUAGUUCUCAUCAUUUAAUACUGAUUAUCGGAGGAAUCCUUGGUGCUAUUCUAGUAGUCGCACUCAUAUCAUCAAUAUAUUUCAUAAUCAUUUUCCGAAGAAAAAAGGAGAAACAAAAAUUCAUGAAAACAAUGAGCAAAGAUGAUACUAGCAAGCUUAAGUGGAUUUCGCCGUUGGAUGAUUCUGGAUCUAAUGCAACUAGCGCUAGUGUGAUUUCUUCUCUGCCGUCCGAUCUUUGUCGACGUUUCUCAUUUGCGCAAGUUAGGGUUGCUACGAACGAUUUCGACGACGAUUUGAUCAUAGGAACCGGUGGGUUCGGUAAAGUUUACAAGGGUUCAAUAGAUGAUGGAGCCACUAUUGUGGCCAUAAAACGUCUUACGACAACAUCGAAGCAAGGCGCUCGCGAGUUUGAAACAGAAAUCGAGAUGCUAUCGAGACUACGUCACGUACAUUUGGUGUCCUUAAUCGGAUAUUGUGACGAACACGGUGAAAUGAUCAUAGUUUACGAGUAUAUGCCACGUGGCACUCUUCGAGAUCACUUGUUGUACAAGAAUCCCGAGAGAAGCGAGAACCAUACACCAUUAUCGUGGAAGCAACGACUUAUGAUUUGUCUUGGAUCAGCUCGCGGUUUGCACUAUCUUCACGCGGGUGCUAAACAAUUGAUUAUUCAUCGAGAUGUCAAGUCUACGAAUAUUCUUCUUGAUGAUAAGUGGACGGCCAAAGUCUCAGACUUUGGCCUUUCAAAGGUAGGACCCACUCCUGGUGAUAUGGGUCCUACCCAUGUUAGUACCGCUGUUAAAGGUAGUGUUGGAUAUUUAGAUCCAGAGUACUAUCGACGUCAACAAUUGACAGAGAAAUCAGAUGUAUACUCCUUCGGAGUUUUGUUGUUCGAGGUUUUAUGUGCUCGAUUUGCGAUGAACCCUAAUCUACCCAAGCAACAAGUGAACUUAGCCGUGUGGGCUCGUUAUAACUACAAAAAUAAAACCCUCCACACAAUUGUCGAUCCAAAUCUAACAGGGCAAAUUGCACCCGAAUGUCUAAGAAAAUUUGGAGAAGUGGCAGAAAUGUGUAUACGAGAACAUGGAAGUGAUCGUCCUUCGAUGGGGGACGUAGUUUGGGGCCUUGAAUUUGCCUUACAACUACAAGAAACCGCGGAGAAAAUUAUGCAAAACAAUUUAAGUGAUGAUCCUCAAGGAGAAAUUUCAGAUUCUACGAUAAGUUUUAAACUUGAUGGGGCAAAUGCAUUAGGUUCAAUGUAUAUUGAGAAUGAAUCGACCACAUUAAAUGAUGAUUUUUCUGAUACUAAGAUGGUUGAUAUGGGCACAAAAAAGUUAUUGGAUAGUAGAACUACUACAUUUAAUUCAUCGGAAUCACCCAUAAUUGAUAUGAAGUCUGGUUCGGUUUUUUCUGAGAUUAUCGACCCAAAAGCCAGAUGACUCGUACAAAUUGUUGUAUGAGACGAUUUCUCUAUAAAAUGUGUUUCAUACGACAUGAGAAUAUAAGAUUUUUAUUUCUCUUACAAGAGUAUCUAAAAGAAAUAAGAAAAUAUAUUUUUUUGUAAAUUUUUUUUUGAGGAUAAUAAAUAUAACUGUUAAUUUGUUAAUUAGUAUUAUAUUUUGAAUAUUUCAAGGUACGGUUGUGUUUUUAAUAUGAAUAAUUAUAUCAUAAAAAUAUAAGAUGCA